CGAGUUGUUCGUUCCUGAUUAAAGUUUGACGGCCUUUAAAAAAGAUUCUCCCCAAGUAUAAAAAAGUUUCAAAUCUCUUUAAAUGGGUCGUUGGAGUCUUUCACCUACGCGUCGACCUCAAAAUUUUUGGGAAUUCUAGCAAAAAAAACUCAUGUGAACUUUUUUUUUUGUUUGUCUCUGCAUUCCACUUCCAGCUCAAGCUCCUUUCUCCUGGCAAAUCUCGGGGGGAAAGGCUGCCCAAAUCGGUGAAAAAGUGGGAUCCAGAAGAGGAAGAAGAUGUGGUGCCUCUCUUGCCUCAAACCCUCUACUUCUGAGGAUCCUUUUGAAGCAGAAAUUGAUCUUGCCUUGGAUGUUUCACGGGAAGAAGCUGACAUUCAAGAAGCUAAACAGCUUGCUUUCGCCCUUCAAGAAUCUUCUCUUCUCCAAAAACAACAAGAGGAGAAAAGGCGUGCCGGAGAGUUAGAGAAGGAUGCACAAAUAGCCCGUGCUUUUCAAUAUGAUGAAACAGAAAGGGAGCUGGAUAAUAACUCUGCAUUGGAAGACGAAACAUAUGAGCAGCCUGCUAAGAUUGCUGUGGAGAGUUUUCAAGAUAAAGGCAAAAUAAAACAGUUUGAAGAGCAAGUGAAGAAUGAUGAACAGGUAGCACAGGAUCUUCAAAACCGCUUCAACAAGAUGGCAUAUGAGGAAAGUCCAGGGCUGCAUGUGCUGGACGACAAAGAUGAGCAGCUUGCCAAAACCGUUAAGAGCUCAAAGGAGAAGCGCAAAAGCAAACAGCUUGAAGAGCAAGUGAAAAAGGAUGAACAGGUAGCGCAAGAUCUUCAGAACCGCUUCAACAAGAGAGCAUUUGAGGAAAGUCAUGAUAACGCUGUGUUGGACGAGCUUGCUAAUACCGUGAAGAGUUUUAAGGAAAAACGCAAAAGCAAACAGUUUGAAGAACAAGUGAAGAGUGAUGAACAGGUAGCGCAAGAUCUCCAAAACCUCUUGAGUGAGAUGCCAUACAAGGAGAGUGCGGGGCUGCAUGAUAACUCUGUGUUGGGCAAUGAAGGUGAGCUGUUUCCCAAGACCGUUGGGAGGAGUUUAAAAGUGAAAGGUAAAGAAAAGAUACAUGAAGAUGAACAAGUGAAGAAGGAUGAGGAACUUGCUCUGGUUCUUCAGGAGAGUCUGAACAUGGUAGAGCCUCCUCCUCGUCCUCGUAUUGAAGAACGUAAGAGUAAUCCUCGUAGAGCUGCGUUGGAUGUUAAGAAGAGUUCAAAAGAGAAAGGCAAAGGAAAGAAAAGUGAAGGUGAACAAGUGAAGAAGGAUGAAGAGCUUGCUCUGGUUCUCCAGGAGAGUCUGAACAUGGUUGAGCCUCCUCCUCCUCCUCCUAAUGAAGAACAUAAAAGUAUUUCUCGCAGAGCUGCGUUUGAUGUACAAGAGCAGCUUGCUAAGGAGAAAGGCAAAGGAAAGCAAAUUGAAGAUGAACAAGUGAAGAAGGAUGAACAACUAGCUGUGAUUGUUCAGGAGAGUCUAAACAUGGUAGAGUCUCCUGAAGAAGACAGCAACAUUUCCUCCUCUAGAGCUCCGAUGGAUGAAGACGAGCAGCGGAUUAUUUGGGAGAGUUUGAAGGGGAAGGGUCUACUAACUCAACCCGAAGAUGAGGUGGAAGAUGUUGGACAGCUCCUAGAGGCGAAUCCUGCUCCUCCUCCUAGGUGUGGUGGUUGUUACUGUGAGAUUGAACAGGAAAGGUCUGUGGAUGUGUUGGGUGUUCUUUGGCAUCCUGAAUGUUUAAUAUGUGGUGCAUGCCAUAAUCCAAUUACUAUCCACGAAGUUGAAACCCAUGUUUCAAACUUAAGAGGCAAGUUUCACAAAAACUGCUAUCGCCGGUACUGCUAUGUCUGCCAAGAGAAAGUGAAGAUUAGAAUGUUCAGUGAACAUCCUUUUUGGAAGGAGAACUACUGCCCUGAUCAUGAUUCUGAUGGAACUCACAAGUGUUUCAGUUGCGAGAGGUUAGAGCCUAAGGGAACGGACUUUGUAGAGCUUGAUGAUGGUAGGAGGCUGUGUCUACAAUGUAUGGACUCAGCGGUUAUGGAUACUUACGAAGUCCAGCCUCUGCACUUUGAAAUCCGUGAAUUCUUCGAAGGAUUAAACAUGAAAAUCGAGAGAGAAUUUCCUUUUCUUUUGGUGGAGAAACAAGCACUGAAUAAAGCUGAGGAGGAAGAGAAGAUCGACAAUCAGGAGGAUGGUGUGGUAACCCGAGGUAUUUGCCUGUCUGAAGAGCAGAUUGUCACAAGUGUGUCAAAAGGGCCAAAGAUGGGGCCGAACAAGCAGCUAAUAGGGAAGACCACGGAAUCUCAGAAGGUUGUGAGUGGAUGCCCCGUGACUGCAAUUCUCAUCUUAUAUGGACUUCCUAGGUUGCUAACAGGAUAUAUCUUGGCGCACGAGAUGAUGCAUGCUUAUCUUAGACUCAACGGAUGUAGGAAUCUGAACAACGUUAUGGAAGAAGGAAUAUGCCAAGUGCUAGGCCACAUGUGGUUGGAGACUCAGACAUACGCCACUAUUGAUGCUGCAGCUUCAUCAGCAGCACCAGCACCAGCAGCAGCAGAAUCUUCUUCUUCUUCGUCCCGGACUCCUAGUGAAGCAAGUGCGGGAAAGAAAGGGGAGUGGUCAGAGUUCGAGAAGAAGCUGGUGGAGUUUUGCAAGAAUCAGAUAGAGACAGAUGAAUCAGCAGCGUAUGGUGAUGGGUUCAGGAAAGUUAACCAUAUGGUGACAAAUUCCAGCCUCAAGGAUACUCUCAAAGAGAUUCUUCGCCGGGGCUGAAGAAGAUGACCCCAGCUUCAAAGUUUUGUAUCAGCCAUUUUGUUUAUAAUCAUGGCUUUUUGUUUUUUUCAAUAAAGCUUGUGUGAGUGUGCCUUGUGUGAGUGUGCAAACAGUUUUUUUUUUUUUUUCUCUCUUUAGCAGUUGUAUCCUCCUCGGAUUCAAUUCUUGCGGUUGAUUUAAAACUAAAGGAAAUGCUUCUCAUU